GCAGGGCCACACGGAACGACAGAACUCCGUGCAUAGAAUCCAAUCCAAUCCAAUCCGGUUCGAGUACGUGUUGGCUGUGUCGCUCGUUUGCACUGCUUGCGUUUCUUACGUUGUUUCUCUGAAAAAACGAAAGCUCUUGUCACCUAACCUUUAUUUAUGGCUUUCUAUUGCAAUGGUGAUGUCGUGCAAUCAUCUACUACGUCGACAAAAGCAUAAAAUGCAAUGUGGUGUUGCAGUACACGCGGUCGUGCUCACGGUGCCAAGUAUAAACCGCGUCCUCCUUGUUUCGCGGGAUUGCGUGUUGUCACACGAAGAUGAUUUUGGAAUUAUAGAGUUCAUUCCGCCUACAAAGAAGUGCAACGCAAUGGAAGACAAUGAACAUCGUCUGUGCAAAGCGCGCGAAUGGUUUGUAUUCGCACUUAAAGAUGCGAAUGUAUGUAGUGGGCUGCCAGCAUCAUCAGACACUUCGCCUCACGAGAAAGGCUCUGUGGGCUGUGCCAGUGACGCAUCUCUUGGAAAAAAGAAAAGUCCAGGACAGUACUUCACAAGUAUAGACGAGCGCUUGUUCUGGUCUAUGCUGCUUGAACUUUCAGUAUCACAUUGCUAUCGAUUCUUGGCGUUUAAAACUAUAGAAGAGAAAUGCACGAGUAGUUUGAGACAAUGUCAUUUCGAUAGUCAACAUGUUGUCAUGCUGCAGAUUCGUGUAGAACUUCAACAAUGGAAAGCUGUGCUGGACAAGCUUUGGGAGGCAAGGAUUGGAUGCGUUCUUGCGGAACAAAUAGAAGUCGAGAAUGCAAUGGCAUGGUUGUCAACACUAGGUGGUGCUUACUCAGCUCUUGGUGAUUAUGAUGCCAAAUUUGCUCAAGCUGCAAGUCAUGUAUCAUUCCAGCAGUUGCGUCUAGCCCUGCGCAUUGGAGACCCAUUAACACUGUGCAGAUGUCGAAUCUACAUAGCCAUGAGCCUUCUGCAGAGAGGAUAUUUCAAGGCAUGCAAGAAACUAGUCAGAGAGCAGUACGAAUUCGCGAAGUCUCGUACCGGGAGAGGAGAUCCUCGGCUAGCAAAGAUGUGUCAAUCGGUGUGGGUACGGAUGCAAUAUCUGUGGUCUCUACGAAGGUCGCACGGUCAUCAUAAGCAACACGCUGCAAGUCGACCAGAAAGGCAGCUGGCAGAAGGAUGAGGCCCAAGAAUAUUAGUGGCCAGCAAGCGUUGAAAUAAAAGGACAUGGAUCUCUU